AUGGGGAAGCCGUCGACAAUGCAGAAGAAGAGAUGGGCUCUGAUGAUUCUGUUGGUGUUAUCUCUAUCAACCGUCGGAGUGAUUCUCGUCAGAUCUAGCUUUGACUCCUGCAGAAUCGGCGGUAAGAUCACCGGACACCAAUUCGCGGAGGAGAAGUUCCGAUCAGCUCCGGAACGGCCGAAUCCUCUAGGUUUCAUGAAAUCGAAGCUCGUUUUGUUAGUCUCCCACGAGUUAUCACUCUCAGGUGGACCUUUGUUGUUAAUGGAAUUAGCGUUUUUGUUAAGAGGCGUUGGUGCUGAAGUCGUUUGGAUCACUAAUCAGAAACCAAAUGAAGAAGAUGAAGUUAUCUCCAGUCUCGAACACAAGAUGCUGGAUCGAGGUGUGCAGGUUAUCUCUGCAAAGGGUGAGAAAGCCAUGGAUACAGCUCUCAAGGCUGAUUUGAUUGUUCUUAAUACUGCUGUGGCUGGGAAAUGGCUUGACGCUGCUCUCAAGGAGAAUGUUGUUAAAGCUCUUCUUCCUAAGAUCCUCUGGUGGAUUCAUGAGAUGAGAGGUCACUAUUUCAAACCGGAUUUGGUCAAGCACCUCCCUUUUGUUGCAGGUGCGAUGAUUGAUUCACACGCAACUGCUGAAUACUGGAAGAACAGAACUCAGGCACGCCUAGGGAUGAAAAUGCCUAAAACUUACGUAGUGCAUCUAGGAAAUAGCAAGGAGUUGAUGGAAGUAGCUGAAGAUAGUGUUGCCAAGAGAGUUCUCCGUGAGCACGUUAGAGAAUCUCUCGGAGUUCGUAACGAAGACUUACUAUUUGGCAUUAUCAACAGUGUAUCGAGAGGAAAGGGCCAAGAUCUGUUUCUCAGAGCCUUCCAAGAAAGUCUUGAGAUAAUCAAAGAGAAGAAGCUGCUUCAGGUACCAACAAUGCAUGCGGUGGUAGUAGGAAGCGACAUUAGCAAACAGACGAAGUUCGAGACAGAGUUACGCAAUUUCGUCCAAGAGAAGAAACUUCAGAGCUAUGUCCACUUUGUCAACAAAACUCUAGCAGUAGCUCCUUACAUAGCAGCUAUAGACGUUCUUGUUCAAAACUCACAAGCUAGAGGAGAAUGCUUUGGGAGAAUCACAAUCGAAGCCAUGGGAUUUAAGGUACCUGUGCUUGGUACUGCAGCGGGAGGUACGGUGGAGAUUGUAGUGAACGGGACGACUGGUUUGUUGCACGGUGCGGGUAAAGAAGGUAUGAAGCCUCUUGCUAAGAACAUAGUGAAAUUGGCGGUGGAAGUUGAGGUGAGGCUAACAAUGGGGAGAAAUGGGUAUGAGAGAGUGAAGGAGAUGUUUUUGGAACAUCAUAUGUCGCAUCGAAUAGCUUUGGUGCUUAAAGAAGUGUUGCAACACGCAAAGGCUCAUGCUUUACAGUGA